AUGGGAAUUCCAGUCUUCGUCCUCGCAGCCCUGCUGUCGGGUGUGGUGGCUCAAGACACUACCUCCACGGUGACGGAUUUCCUCAGCACUGAAACUACCUCUCCUACGAGCACAAGCACCCAGCCGAUCACGGUGACGAUUGCCGUUGGGAAUGGAGGGCAUACUUUUAUCCCAGAUGUGGUGCAAGUUUCUCCUGGAAAUUAUGUUGAAUUCGACUUCUAUCCCUUGAACCACUCGGUGGUCCGGGCAGAAUACAUGUACCCAUGUAUACCUUAUGAGUUGACAGGCGUGGACAAAGUCGGGUUCUAUUCUGGCUUCCACCCCGUCGACGCUAUUCUCAGCGAUCCGCCGAAAUGGACGGUGCUCAUCAACGACACCGAACCCAUCUUCUACUACUGCGGUGCUCCCAACUCAUGUAUUGGAUACCAGAUGGUCGGCGUCAUCAACCCCAAUUCCAGCACGUCUAUCCAAGCCCAGAAGCAGUAUGCGGCCGACUCUUCCUUCAUGUUGCUACCUGGGGAGAAUUGGCCCGAUGAAGAGGAUCCGUUUGCCACCACUUCUACCUCCACGGCUACGGCCACCGCCACAUCGACAGUUACCACUUCUACUGCGUCUUCGACGUCGGCAUCAACUGCUGGAGCGACCACAACCCCGGCAGCUAGCGGAUCAGGCCAUUCGGGCCUUUCAACAGGUGCCAUUGCAGGCAUCGCAGUCGGAGGAGCAGCCGCCGUCAUCGCGGCAGCGGUCAUACUGUACUUGUGCGGACGUAGGUCCAAAUCCAAAAAGAACAAGGAAGAGGCCGGCGGCGCGAGCCUACCAGGACCGUCUACCCCGGCCAUGGGCCCAAUGAACAGUCCGCCAGCGUACAUCCCGCCCGCCAACAACUACGGCUACAUGUCACCGACGCAGAAGCACAUGUCAGUGAGCACGAUGCCCGCGACCGACGCCUUUGGCAACGCCAUCCCCGCUCCCGGCGCGUACCCUUCGCCAUACUCGCAGACCUUCCCACAGGGCUACCCAGCGCCGCCGCAGCAACUGAUGACCAACACCGGAGUGGCACACCCGCAAUCACCGCCUGCGUGGCCGUCCACGCCGUCCAACGACAUUUUCGGCGCCUCCUCCGUCGCCGGGGGUCCGUACCAAAUGCACGACGGGUCCGUGGCGGGGGGUGCCAUGGAAAGCAUGUCCCUGCGCGCGAGCAGCCCCAACUCGGCCAUCGUCGCCGGACCACAGGCCGCGGCGCCAGGGGUUGUGGGCGGCAUCGAGGCGUUCUUGCAGCGCCAGUCGCGCAUGAGUCCACCGCCGCCGUCGGAGAUUGAUGCGCAGCAUACCCCGUCGGUGGUGGCCGGGUCUGCCGGACCGUUUGAGAUGUCCGCUGCGCCGGGGACGAUGAAUCGGUUUCCGUGA